UAGAUGUAACUUCGGUUUGUCGACUAACUUCCGGAGUGUCGUUGUUCUGACAUCUUUGCGCCCUGCUAGGAAUCCAUUCGCGCUAUCGUAGCCUAGUUAGAUUAGGUCGUUUAAGCGAUCGAUUUAGACAAUUUUAUACAAUAUGUAUUUACGAAUUGCUGGAAUCGAAAGGAAUAGUUAAAUUUUUCUGUAAUCUAUUCAACCAAUGGCUUCGCGAUGUAAAUAUUAUUCGCAUUAUAUUUUGGGUUGGCGGACAUUGGUAAAUGCGUAUUAAUUGGGAAAAUGAAUUCCAGUGUAGGUAUUACGUGGUUCAAUAAUUGUAUUUUCAAGUCAUAUUCCUCCUCUACAAAACUAUAUUAUUCGAACGAACGAACUCAAGCUUAUCGAUCGAGGUGUGUAUAAUAACGCAACAGUUCGACAUGUUUAGUCUCAACAAGAAAACACCCAAAUUGUUUUAAGUUCAGUUCAUCAACUUGAUAAUCAGUCGCAUAGCCAGUUUCGUCAUAUUUGACCGCGUCAACUGAUUUAAAGCAGGUGUAUUGUAAGUGGAUUCCACUAAUUCGUGCUUAUAUAUACAUAUAUAUAUAUAUUUAAUUGCGUGAGAACAAACCUGGGUGGAUACGAAGUAAAAGGCAUUGAAUUCAUUAUUUUUGCGAAGGCUAGAGCAAAAAUAGCCGUAAAAUGCAAUGCUUCAAGACUAAUCGAUGAGACAAGUUACGCUUCUUGUGCGAGCAAUUUUACGAUACGCUGUAGCGUGUUUUUAUGACUUUGCGUCGUACCAGUCGACGAUAGCUUUAGGGUAGUCAUGGCUGCGAAGUUAUCGGAACUAUCCCAAACAAGUGCUUGCUGCUGAAGCCAGCCGGCCGGAAAAUGACUGGGAAGAAUAUGUAACGAUUGGUGAAAGUAUUUUAUAAAUUUUUAAUCUUUAAAAUUCAGUUUAUACAAUCGGAAUAUCAGCGGUAUAAUGUUGCCAGUGUUGGUGAUAAUUGAAGAUGUCUGGCGUGGGAAAGCCUACCACGUGUAAAGAUGCUAUCAGAAGAUGGGAGGAAGCAACCGGACUUGAAGCGUCUUCCGCGGUCGAAGUUAACCUCAGUUUUCAGUGGCCACCGAUCGAGAAAAUGGAUAACGCUUUGUCUGUCCUCGUAAUGUGUGAAAAACUUACCUUGUCGACUAACAUGAUCGAGAAGAUUGCUGGUAUUUCGUCAUUGAAAAAUUUGAAAAUUCUCUCGAUCGGUCGGAAUCUAAUCAAGGCAUUCUCCGGCCUCGAACCGCUGAUAGAAACAUUAGAGGAGUUGUGGAUAUCGUACAACAGCAUCGAAAAAAUGAAGGGAAUAACUUGCAUGAAGAACCUCAGAGUUUUGUACAUGUCGAACAACUUGGUACGCGAAUGGAACGAGUUGUCCAAGCUUCAGGAGUUGCCGAGCCUUAGAGAUCUGCUUUUCGUUGGAAAUCCUCUCUGCGAUGGUUUAGAGACGGAAGCUUGGAGAGCAGAAGUAGCCAGGCGUCUUCCAAACUUGGAGAAACUCGACGGAGAGCCAAUUAUUCGCACGGAGGAUGGACCCUUGGGAGCUUUGGCGAAAACCGAAUGUCCACCAUUGCCAAAAUCGCCGGAGCAAACAGCGGGAUGAUGCUGUCCGUUGAUUUGCGUAUCUUUGUGCCGUUAUUCAGGGUUUUUCGUGCGUCGUCGUGGUCUACGUUUAAUUAUCACGGCGUUGACAGCAAGUGCGGUAAAACAGCAUCUAGGGAAUAACCACGAUCAUAGAUCUUCGAUGAUAUCUUUAGAAGGAAUAUUUUUUGUCAACCUAUACACGCACACGGAAAUUUGGACAAUAAAUUCGUCACGAUCAUUUGUCGUCUAAGAUAUUUUACCAUUUGUUACAACUUUAUUUUGUAGAGGUAGCAAAUGAUGUUACGAAUUUUUAAGAGCUUAGUUAACAUUACGUAGUACAUUUUGACGCAGUAGAGGAAUAUUUUACAUUUAUAAUCGUUUAUUCGUUUCAUAAUACAAGAUAUAGAUCGUACAUCUGUUUAUAUUUAAGUUGAAAAAGGUUUUGUAUAGACUCAUUCAUUAUUUCGGCAGAAGAACUGCACGCGCGAUGAUGGAUAUAAAGUACAGAGAGGUAUCUAAUUCGAUCAAUAAAAUGUCACGCUUCGCAGUGUUACGGUAUUAUUAUAUCAAUACAAUAUGACAAGUGACAGGCAGCUGAAGAAUUAGGUGUUUCUUUUUUUUUUUCUAUAAAUUUUCUUUCCAUAGAGUUUUAAAGUUUUAUGUAUAGAUAGAUAUACGUUAAAAUAAGGCAAGUGAGACGCGACGGUGCGUGUUUGUUAGAAAAUUGACAUGUGCGCUUAUACGUGAGAUUUAUAUCAAUAAUUAUGCUGAUGCAGUGAUUA